AGCCUGGGGGGAGAUGCUGCAAGGCGUGUCUGGGCUGUGCUCAUGUGAUGAAGGGAGGGAAAAACAAGGAGGGGGGAGGAGGCUACGAGGUGGCUUUUUUUUUUUUCUUUUAAGGAGUUUGCCACGAGCGCGUCCCCUUCAUUCUCAGUCCGGGUGCGUUCUCAGCAGGAUUGCAGAGAGCCGGCGCUCCUCACCCUUAGUCCCCGUGGUCCUGGGCGCACAUCUCCUCACCCCUCUGCGUCUCCGUGGUCCCAGGAAGGCGGCUAGCCGGCGGGAGUAGGAGAGCCACUGAGCCAUGGGCGCAGGCAGUUCCACCGAGCAGCGGAGCCCCGAGCAGCCGGCGGGGAGCGACACGCCGAGCGAGCUGGAGCUCAGUGGCCACGGGCCCGCAGCGGAAGCAUCGGGAGCUACGGGAGACCCCGCCGACGCGGACCCUGCUACCAAGCUCCCCCCACAGAAGAACGGUCAGCUGUCCAGUGUCAAUGGCGUAGCUGAACAAGGAGAUGUCAACAUCAAAGAGGAAAACCAGGAUGGGCAAGAGGAAGAAGUCAUUGUUGAAGAUGUUGGACAGAGAGAGUCAGAAGAUGUGAAAGAAAAAGACAGAGCGAAAGAAAUGGCGGCCAACUCCACAGUUGUGGAAGACAUCACAAAGGAUAAGCAGGAGGAAACACCAGAAACAAUCGAACGGAUCCCUGCUUCAGAAAGCAAUGUGGAAGAAAUGGCACAGCCUGCCGAGUCCCAGGCUAACGAUGUCGGCUUCAAGAAGGUAUUUAAAUUUGUUGGUUUUAAAUUCACGGUGAAGAAGGAUAAAAAUGAGAAGUCGGAUACUGUCCAGCUACUCACUGUCAAAAAGGAUGAAGGCGAAGGGGCAGAAGCCUCCGUUGGAGCUGGAGACCACCAGGAGCCCGGUGUGGAGACCGCCGGAGAGUCGGCAUCCAAAGAGAGUGAGCUGAAGCAAUCCACGGAGAAGCAAGAAGGUACCCUGAAGCAAGCACAGAGCAGCACAGAAAUUCCCCUUCAAGCCGAAUCUGGUCAAGCGACUGAGGAAGAAGCAGCCAACGAAGAAGGAGAAGAAAAGCGAGAGAAAGAACCUACCAAGUCCCUAGAAUCUCCAACCAGCCCCGUCAGCAGUGAGACAACAUCUUCCUUCAAGAAAUUCUUCACUCACGGCUGGGCCGGCUGGCGCAAGAAGACCAGCUUCAAGAAACCAAAGGAGGAUGAUCUGGAAACUUCUGACAAGAGAAAGGAGCAAGAGGCCGAGAAAGUAGACAAGGAAGAGAGGGAAAAGACGGAGCCAGCCCCGGCCUCGGCCUCGGAACAGCAGGAGCCUGAAGAAGGCACUGACCAGGCCAGGCUGUCAGCAGACUACGAGAAGGUGGAGUUGCCUUUGGAAGACCAAGUCAGUGACCUGGAGGCAUUGUCAGAGGAGAAGUGUGCUCCUUUGGCAACGGAAGUGUUUGACGAGAAGACGGAAGCCCAACAAGAAGUUGUUGCAGAGGUCCAUGUGAGCACCGUGGAGAAGACGACAGAGGAGCAAGGAGGAGGAGGAGAAGUUGAAGGGGUCGUGGUGGUGGAAGCAAUGGGAGAAUCCUUGCCCCCUGAGAAACUGGCUGGGACCCAGGAGGUCCCCCAGGAAGCUGAGCCUGUGGAGGACCUGAUGAAGAGCAAAGAAGUGUGUGUCUCUGGAGGUGACCAUACUCAGCUGACAGAUCUGAGUCCCGAUGAGAAGAUGCCGCCUAAACACCCCGAAGGCAUUGUCAGUGAGGUGGAGAUGCUGUCCUCUCAGGAGAGAAUCAAGGUACAGGGAAGUCCCUUGAAGAAACUCUUCAGUAGCUCGGGCUUAAAGAAGCUUUCCGGGAAGAAGCAGAAGGGGAAACGAGGAGGCGGGGGAGACGAAGAGCCAGGAGAAUACCAACACAUUCCAACCGAGUCCCCAGAGAGUGCCGACGAACAGAAAGGAGAGAGCUCUGCGUCUUCCCCUGAAGAGCCUGAGGAGAUCACAUGUCUGGAGAAAGGGCCUUCGGAAGCACCUCAGGAAGGGGAAGUUGAGGAAGGAGCUACUUCUGACGGAGAGAAGAAAAGGGAAGGAGGGAUCACCCCCUGGGCAUCCUUCAAAAAGAUGGUGACACCCAAGAAACGGGUCCGAAGACCUUCUGAGAGCGACAAGGAAGAAGAGCUGGACAAGGUCAAGAGCGCCACCUUGUCCUCUACGGAGAGUACAAUGUCGGAGAUGCAAGACGAGGUCAAGGCGGUUGGCGAGGAGCAAAAGCCAGAGGAACCAAGGCGCAGGGUGGAUACUUCAGUGUCCUGGGAGGCCUUGAUUUGUGUCGGAUCGUCCAAGAAGAGAGCAAGGAAGGCAUCCUCUUCAGAUGAUGAAGGAGGGCCAAGAACACUGGGAGGGGAUGGUCACAGAGCCGAGGAGGCUAGCAAAGACAAAGAAGCUGGAGCAGACGCUGUUCCUGCCAGCACCCAGGAACAAGACCAAGGGCAAGGAAGUUCCUCGCCCGAGCCAGCUGGAAGCCCUUCUGAAGGGGAGGGUGUCUCCACGUGGGAGUCAUUUAAAAGAUUAGUCACUCCAAGAAAGAAAUCCAAAUCCAAACUGGAAGAGAAAACUGAAGACUCCGGCGUAGAGCAGCUGGCUGCCGAGGUCGAACCCAGUAAAGAGGAAUCUUGGGUCUCCAUUAAGAAAUUCAUUCCCGGACGCCGGAAGAAAAGGGCAGAUGGGAAGCAAGAGCAAGCCGCUGUCGAAGACUCGGGGCCAACGGAAGUCAAUGAAGACGACCCUGAUGUCCCAGCCGUUGUGCCUCUGUCUGAGUAUGACGCGGUGGAAAGGGAGAAGAUGGAAGCUCAGCGAGCACAGGAGAAUGUGGAGUUACCCCAUCUGCAGGGGGCUGUGUAUGUGUCUGAGGAACUCAGUAAGACUCUGGUUCACACUGUGAGUGUCACAGUCAUUGACGGGACCAGGGCAGUGACUAGCGCCGAAGAGCGGUCUCCUUCGUGGAUAUCUGCUUCCGUGACAGAACCUCUUGAACACGCAGGGGGAGAAGCCAUACCACCUGUUGAAGAGGCCACUGAAAAAGACAUCAUUGCAGGAGAAACUCCUGUGCUCACCCAGAGUUUACCAGAGGGCAAAGAUGCCCAUGACGACAUAGUCGUCACCAGUGAGGUGGAUUUCACCUCAGAAGCAGUGACAGCCGCAGAAACCGCAGAGGCGCUUCGUGCUGAAGAAGUUACUGAAGCAUCAGGGGCAGAAGAGACCACAGACAUGGUGUCGGCAGUUUCCCAGCUGACCGACUCCCCAGACACCACAGAGGAAGCCACCCCGGUUCAGGAGGUAGAGGGUGGCAUGCUAGAUACAGAAGAACAGGAGCGCCAGAUGCAGGCCAUCCUCCAAGCCGUUGCAGAUAAGGUGAAAGAGGAGUCCCAGGUGCCUGCAACCCAUACUGUGCAGAGAGCAGGACCAAAAGCACUGGAGAAGGUGGAGGAAGUAGAAGAGGACUCCGAGGUGCUGGCUACGGAGAAAGAGAAAGAUGUUGCGCUGAAAGGACCCGAACAGGAAGCCGAAGCUGAGCAUUCGGCACAAGGCUCAGAGACGGUACAGGCUACCCCAGAGAGCCUCGAAGUUUCUGAAGUCACAGUGGGUAUAGACUGUGUCACCACAUGCCAGCCUGUCAAGCUCCAGCAGCUGAUGGAACAGGGCGUGGCCCCAGAGUCAUCUGAAACCUUGACAGACAGUGAGACAGAUGGAAGUACUCCCCUAGCAGAUUCAGACACUGCAGAUGGGGCACAGCAAGACGAGACCGUUGACAGCCAGGACUGUAAAGCCAUUGCAGCUGUCAGGCAGUCACAGGUCGCAGAAGAAGAGGCAGUUCCUGCUCAGAAGGAGGGGCCUUCAACACCACCUAAACUUCCAGCCCAAGAAGAACCCGAGGAAAAAACAGGAAGAGAUGUUCUAGAACCUUCACAGCAAGAGCUUGCUGCCGGGGCAGUGCCCAUUCUGGCCAAGACUGAGGUGGGUCAAGAAGGUGAGGCUGGCCAGUGUGAUGGAGAAAAAGUCAAAGAUGGACUAUGUGUUCAAGAACAGGAGGUGUCUGUACACACUGGACCCAACAGUCAAAAGAUUGCUGACGUGACACCUGACGGUGACACAACGGAAGUGGUCAGAUGUCAGGAAAAGGAGAGUACUGAAGAGCAGAGUCUUAGCCUGGACAAGGAGAGAGAUAUGGGAACCGACUUUGAAAAGGAGAAAAUGGAGACAAAGCCAGAGCAAGUGAGUGAAGAACAUGAACAGGAAACAGCCACUCCUGAGCCGGAAAGAGCCCACCUGAAGCCAGUCCUGACAGUUGACAUGCUCAACUCAGAGAGAGGAAAGGAACUGGGCAGCCUUGAAGAAAGCCCUUCGCUCCCAGACCAAGACAAAGCAGGUUGCAUAGAGUUUCAAGUUCAAAGCUCAGACACAUCAGUCACUCAAACAGCCGAAGCUGUGAAAAAGGUCAUAGAAACUGUCGCAAUUUCAGAGACAGAUGAAAGUCUGGAGUGUGUAGGUGCACACUUACUACCAGCCGAGAAGUCUUCCGAAACGGGUGGCCACUGGACUCUUCAGCAUGGAGAGGACACUGUGCCCCUGGGGCCUGAGUCUCAGGCAGAGUCCAUCCCAAUAAUAGUAACUCCUGCUCCUGAAAGCACCCUACGUUCUGACCUGCAAGGAGAAAUAAGUGCAUCCCAGAAACAGAGAUCAGAUGAAGAUGACAAGCCAGAUGUUGUUCCGGAUGCUGACGGCAAGGAAAGUACAGCAAAAGAGAAAGCCCUCAAGGCUGAACCUGAGAUCUUGGAACUUGAGAGUAAGAGCAGUAAGAUUGUCCAGAACGUCAUCCAGACAGCCAUGGACCAGUUCGCAUGUACAGAAACGGCCCCUGAAACUGAUGCUUCUGAUUCACAGAUAGAGGUUCCUGUGACGCAGGCGGACAGACAGGAAGCUCAACAGAUGCUGGACAAAGAUGAAAGCUGCGGUCAAGUCUCUGUCCAAGAUGAGACACUCAGUGCCGUAGCCCAGGAAGGACUUGCAAUUUCUCAUAGUUCCAAGGGCUUGAGCAAGGCUUCAGAAACCAAUAUGCUUGCAGUUGAAAGUGCCGGUGUCAAAGAAAGUGUGGAGCAGCUGCCUCCUCAAUCCAAAGAUCAAAAAGAGUAUGCUGCUGAUGGCCCCCAGCACCAAAGCUUAGCCCAGGCAGAGGCGGACGCCUCUGGAAAUCUAACCAAAGAGUCCCCAGACACCAACGGACCAAAGCUAACUGAGGAGGGAGAUGCCCCGGAAGUAGAGGUCCAGGAAGAAGAAAUGAACAAGGCCCAGGCAGAAGAGGACCUACAGGAGCCAAAGGGAGACCUGGCAGAAUCCUAAGACAUUAGUUGCUCAUUGUAUAUUUGAAGACCAGAAUGUGAAGAAGACAAGUCACGGAACAAGACGCUGCUGUUGGGACCUUAAGACCAAGAUUUCAGAGCCCUUGAGAUGCAGAGAGCAGGGCCGUCCAAUGAUUUCAACCCUGUAGAGCACCCUGACAAUCCUGAGGCUUCAUCGGGAGCUAGAGCCAGCUAACAUUUCCUCGUUUCAAGACUGCCUUUGAUUUACCCCUUGAUGCCGUGUAGUUCAGAUUUAAGGUCCUGCGUUCUCAACCUGGAACCCGUGUCGGCAAGACCUAGUUCUACUUUUCAAACUGGAGCAUCCUCCUUUAUGUAUUUAUAUGUCUGUUUUAUGUAGUCCUCCUCCGGUUCCUAUUGUAUAUUUUUUUUUCUAAUGUUUAAGCACAUGCCUUUUGUAUUAUGCAAUAUAUAAUGGGUGUGCAGCCCUAGCGAAGCCUUGAGAAGCCCUAAGCCUCAACUGUAACCUGCAGCAAACAGAGAAAUAACAUUCCUGGCAGGAAGAUACAAGUCUUUUUUUUAAAGUUUACUGAUGCUUAGAUCUGUGGGCUCCUAGUCCUCUGAAAGUGGUCGUUUUCCUAUGCACAGCGAGCUCAGAAACACACACCCCCAUUUUCAAACAUCCAGAAUGUCCCAAUAUUACCAUGACGUUCUUUUUUUUCUAAUCCAGUCCAGGUUGGAAAGAAGUCUCCUUAGUGUCAGAUUAAGCCCCUUCUCUUAACGAUAUGGACAGAUGAGUGUGCCUAAGGCCAUGAGGGGUUUCCUAACGCAGAAGGAAUCUGUUGUUACUUUUUGGAUUGUACUCUUCUAUGGUGGACCAAAUUCAUAUGCAGAUCAAAGUGAGUCCUGUUCUUUACAGAUGGUAUUUUGAUAGAUACUGGAGUCUGUGUUAUAUCUGUGCCCCUUCUUUUAAGAACAACGUUGCAAUGUUCCUUUGGAUAAAUUGUGAUUUGACAGCUGAUUAAAUAAAAAUAUUUACUUCACUUAUA